AUGAGCCCCAAUUGCACCAGACAUAGCACCUGCGACUCGUGCUUUGGCGAUGGCUACGUGGUCUGCGAUAACGCGGGAUGCUUCAACCCGGAUGCCGCGCAGCAAUGCUGCAAGAACGGGAAUCUAUGUGUCGCAAAGGACAACGGUUGCUGCGAUGCCUGGGGCGGACCCGGCGUGACAGGCUCGUCGGGCACGGUCCCCAUGCCCACCGCAACGUCGACCUCCGCAUUGCCGGAAUCGAGCUCGUGGUCCUGCACGCGCUUUCAGGGAAACGAGGCCUGUUGCCAGGGCGGAGGGCCGGACAUGCACUGGUGCGCGGGCAACUUCCCCAACGCCGUCUGCUACAACGACACCGUGCAAAUCUGCUGUAACGAAGGCACGGUCUGCGAGGGCGAGGACUGCUGUGGUCUUGUGGUACGGCAUCAUCCUUGA